AUGAGUUCUCACAAUCUAACUGCAAGCCCAACUUAUUCCAAAACAUUUUUAAAAAUUCGACCUUCAAAAUUAGUUUACCAUCAAAUGUAUAUUAACUGUCAUUUAAUAUUUUUAGCUCCAUUUAUGGGUGUUAUUACAAACGAAAUUAAAUUAUCAAAUAUUAGCGAAGAACAUACAUUAGCUUUUAAGGUUAAAACUACUGCACCAAUUAGAUAUUGCGUAAGACCAAAUACUGGAAUUAUCCCACCAGGAAAAUCAAUUGAUGUCCAAAUUUUAUUAAAUUGCACCAAAGAUGCACCAUCAAUUUCAAUGAAAACAAAAGACAAAUUCCAAAUUCAAUCAAUUAUUGUAACCGACCCAAAUAUUGAUCCAAAAUCGAUUUGGCAAAAUUCACCACAAACACAAAUCAUGAAGCAUAAAUUAAAAGCAGUUUUCCAAUUACCAAACGAACAAGAAUCACCAUCAGCAUCACCAAUACCAUCUGAAUUUAAAUCAAAUAGCACAAUUCUUUCAGAAGUUCAAAAACAUCAAAUCGAUUUAGAUGUUCCAAAUAUUAGUGUCACAAAACCAAAAGAUAAUAAAAAUAAUCCCGAUGAUACUAUAGAAAAUAAUGAUAAUACAAAUAAAGAUAAUAAUAGUAAUAAUAAUAAAAAUACCAAUAGCGACACAUCAAAUAUUUAUGAACCAACAACCAAAAACGAUUCUGCAGUUAUUAAACCAACAGUCCAAAAAAGAACAAAUUUAUCAUCAUCUGCAACAACCUCAUCACCAUCAUCACCAACAACCGAAAACGAACAAUUACGUACCCAAGUUAAAACUUUAAAUGAACAAAUUGAAAUGAUUAAAACAGAGUCACCAUUUAAAACUCAAACUAUAAUUAUUAUGCUUUUAAUAGCAGUUUUAUCUUUUGUUUUUGGUAAACUACUCUAA